UUGCACUUCGAUAAAUCCCUGAUCUGUCUUGCAACGAUCCAAGAAAAUACGUAACCAAGAUAAGAUUUUAGAGAUAAUUUUGAUCAACAUAUGACCUCGAAUAUUUUCUUUGCAGUAAUCCUUCUUUUCUGACUUGAACUCUACCGUAAUAUUGCGUAUAAUAUAUUAGCAUUUGAAUCUGUAUUACUGGUUGAAAGCCCAUAUGAAUCAUACAAAAAUGGAUGAACAAUUAAGUCUUAGCUCUGCUGAUAUAAAACACUUAACAAAUGGUAUUAAUAAACAAUGCAGAAGUCGAAAAAGAACAAGAAAUGAAGCUAGUUUAGAAAUUCGUACUUGCUCAGAAAAUCGUACUAGUUCAGAAAAUUAUUCUAGUUCAUAUGAAGAGCAAAAAAGCAUGUAUGCUGACCGACCCACUACAUCUGCUUUAUACCGACCUGCACCUUUUAAUGAUGAGCCUGAAGCAGUGGAAGCUAGAAAUAAAUGUGAUUAUUCAAUUAGAAUUACCAAAGAAAUGGCUGAAAGUGGAAAAGCUCCACGACCAAUCCGAGUAUACGCUGAUGGAAUUUAUGAUUUGUUUCAUCAGGGACAUGCUCGACAGCUUAUGCAAGCCAAAAAUUCUUUCCCUGAUGUAUAUCUUAUUGUUGGAGUAAACAGUGAUUUUCUUACUCAUCAACAUAAGGGAAAGACUGUAAUGACAGAUUUUGAACGUUAUGAAGCAGUAAGACAUUGCCGAUAUGUAGAUGAAGUUGUGAGAGAUGCGCCUUGGGUACUUGAUGACAAAUUUUUAGAAGAAAACAAAAUAGACUUCGUAGCUCAUGAUGAUAUUCCUUAUACAAUGGGUGACGAUAAUGAUGUUUAUAAACAUAUCAAAGAAAAAGGAAUGUUUGUUACCACUGAACGCACAGAAGGUGUUUCAACAUCUGAUUUGGUAGCCAGGAUUGUCAAAGAUUACGACAUGUAUGUGCGUCGGAAUUUAGAUAGAGGUUAUACGGCGAAAGAUAUGAAUGUUUCAUUUCUUAAUGAAAAGAAAUUUUUAUUACAAAAUAAAAUGGACAAAAUAAAAGGAAAAUUUGAAGACAAAAGGCAUGAAAUUAUACACAAAUGGGAAGAAAAGUCUAGGGAAUUCAUUAACAAUUUCUUGGACUUAUUUGGAAAAGAUGGUAGAAUAAAUACUUUUUGGAAAGAGAGUAAAGGAAGAAUUAGACAAGCACUAUCACCUGCAAGCACACCACCAAGUAGUCCUAGUCGCAGAAGAGCUCGCUCUGCAUCACCACCUGCAAAAUUUCGUCGUAUGGAAAAUAGGCCAAGUAGGACCCUAUCUUCUGAAGAAGACCUGUCAGAUGAUGAAUUUGAUUGGUUGAGGGCCAAUACAAAAGCUUAACACAACCUUCUUACUGGCAACUUUCUUGUUCAUUUUAUUUGUCAUCUGCUUCUUUAGUUGUAUAGUUUCUUUUUCAAGUUGUUCUCUCUGUCUCUUUUUUUUCGAAAAGACAAUGUGUUGAAUACCAAAACCUUGUGGGAGAAGGUGUGAAUCGAAAAUGCAAUAUUCUUAUUUAUUAUUCAAGACUUUUGAAGCAUUAGAAUUGUAUGUCAUAAGUAAAAAUCAUCUUUUUUUUAUUGCACUUUUAAAUCAAUACUGUAUUUAAAAUUGACUUUUCAAUUCUACUAUGCACUUACAUAAUUAUUAAUAAAAAUACUUUUAAAAAUAUCUGUAAUUCUAUUUUUUUUAACUGUGUUAGUAAAAGUACAGCUAAUUUUUUUUUUUUUUUUUUACUGUGUAAGUACAAAGAUUAAUUUAUUUAUAGUUCAUAUUUCAAACUAUUUUUAAAAAUUAUGCAAUGUUUUCUAAAAAUAUUUUUAAUUUUGCCUUUCAACUGGAUUGAAAUUGCAUUGUUCCAAAUAGUUUUAGAAAUUAAAAAUUUGUACCAAUAUUUAUGUUUGUAAUGAAACGAUAAUUUUAAAAGAAAUCACUGUAUUUAUUAGAUUCUUUUUGUUAACCUAUCUGGAUCCCUGGUAUUUUAAAUUAAGAUAAUAUUUGUAACACAUAGGUGAAAAGAGCUGCAUUAAAAAAAGUGCUUACACACUGUAUCUACCAAUGUUUUGUAAGUUUUUAAUUAAUUUCAAAUAAUUGAUUGUUUGCAAUUUUUUUUUCAAUUUAAAUUAUAUAGUAAAGGAAGGGUAUCCCCCCCCCCCUAAAAAAAAUUAUCUCUCUUAAUAAAUCUGCUGGACAGAUGCAUGUUGAAUAAAAUCUUAGCACCUUUUUAUUCCUUCUUCAUGUUGACUCAUGAAAAUGGACUGGUAAAUGGAACAUAUACGUUUUAGUAUAAGAUUAUUAUGUAGUAAUUUGUGUCUUUAUCUUUAUUGAUCUUGAAUGCAAUUUGAGGUUUAUCAUCAGUAGUUCUAGUCUCGCAGUAUGAUUUUUGUUCCUUUUUAAAAAAAUAAUUUUAUAUUUGCACAGUAAAAAGAUACUUUUGAAAAAAUGUUUGUAUAUUGAUUGAUGGGGAAAAUAUGCAACUUAUAUUAUAAUGAGAAAUCUAAGUUUUUAUUGUGAUAUUCAAAGUAAAAUGCACUUUUUCUGAAAUUUUUAAGCAAAACUAUUUUUAAAGCUGAAGAAAAGUAAUACUAGGUUGCUGUUACUGAAAUUGUUUGAAUUUUCUAUGUCUCUUUGAAAGAGCAGUUUUUGAUGAUUUCUGAUAUUGAAUCAUUUUGAUUGAUUGAUAUUUUAUUAAAGAUGUAUUGUAAAUAUUAAUUUAAUUGUAGGCUUGUAUUUAGUACUUUGCAAUAUACAGCUUUAUCACUACCUAUGUAUAUAAAAAGAAUAUUGUUCACUUUAAUAUAACCUUUAUGCAGCUAUUUCUUUUUUUGUGUAAAGAUGUAUUUCUGUAAUUUUUUUAGGACCCAUGUCUUGAACACAACAAUUUCUUCCUUUUUAAAAAAUAUCAGUAGUGACUGAAUAAUUUUUUAAAAAUAUGUAGACAUAUAAAUGUUUAGUUUGUCAAUGUAAUGGGUUCAGAUACUAAUAUAAUAUUUUGAAAAAUAAUUUGUUAUUGAAUAUAAUUUUUUUCCUUCUUUUUGCUGGCUAUUUAAUUUAUUAAUUAUCCUCACGGCAACAAAGAAUUUUCGGUAAAAUGCUUGCUUUUUGUACUUAAAAACCACUCUUUUCCUUCGAUAUUUUAAAAAUUAUAUUUACAUCUACUUAAUGUUAAAAUAUAUCAGAUUCUUUUAAAGAAAGUAAUACAAAACUUAUGAAUAUUUCUAUUUCUUUGUAAAAUUGUAAUUUAUGUCUGUGAAAGGGAUGUUUUAGCUGUUUGGAGUUGCAGCUCAACAAUUCCAUUUUAAAUGAAAUAUUUAAAAUCUUUUUUUUCUUUCUUCUUUUGGUUUAGUUCCUUUGCAAUGUUUAUUUAUUCACUAGCAUGAAAGCUAGAAAAGUAUGUUUUGUGAAAUUAGAUAAAAAUUCAUUCAUUUUAAAUUAAUAAUAACAUUUUGUCUAAUGUAAAUUAUUUUUAGGUUACAUUACAUAUUAAGUUGGAAUGAAAUUGUUUAAAGGCAAAAACUUUUUUUCAUUCCAAGGAUUGUUUUCAUGUAAUAUGUACUUUUUUGUAUUUUAUCAUUCCUGAUUGUUUUCUCAGCUUUACUAUUAGAUUGAAAGUGAUAACUAAUUUCUCUCUGAUUUGCAUUUAGUAUUUCAUGUGCAACACAUUUCUUAUUCUACAUGUUUAUUCAAAACAUUAUUUAGUUGUUAAAUAUUUAUUUAAUUUAAAUAUUUUUCAAAACAGAUUGAAAUAAAUACUUGUUUUCAUUUGUUCCAGUUUUACUAGUCAUAACUGUCAAAUUUUGAAACAGUUAUCGUAAAUAUAUUUGAUUUAUAUUUUAUGAUAUUAUUUAUUGUUGUAAGUUUUGAAUGAAGAAAGAUAUAGAAAUAUUUUAGAAGCUUUAUAUAUAUGUGUGUGUAUGUGAUUGUAAAAUGUGGCCUAUUUUGUAUAAUAUACAUAUAUAAAUAUAUAUAUAAAGAGUUGUACAUGAAUCACAAGAGAAAACAGUCAAUCUUUGUUACAAGUUGAAUUAUUUGUAUAAUGGUCAUUGUAAUUUCUUUGAUAUUCAAAAUUUGCUUCCAAAAAUAUUAGAACAAAAAAAGAAGUAAAAUAUGUAUAUAAAUCAUCUCUACAUAAUUUUCUUGUCACUUUAUACAAGAUGAACCUCUUGCCAAGUUUCUGGAUAGGUGUGUUAAUACAAAAUUUCAUUAAGGAAUGUUUCAUCAUAAAGAGUGAUUGGGGAAAAAAAUUUGACUUGUUUUUAGUGAUUUACAGAAAUUUUAGUUUUCUAGUGAUGUAUUUUUAUUAAGAUUUGCUUCCUUAAUCUUUCAGUUCACAAAUAUAUUUUUUAGUUUAAUUGAAGAAAAAAAUUAUCUUUUAGAUUUUUCUCUUAUGUCAAUUAGAUAUCUAAAUAAUUCAGUAUGUGAUCCAUUAUUGUAAAAACAGAUUCAAAUGUUGCUGCGUCAGAAUAUGUUAUGAAAGAUAUUCUUUUUAUAAAAUAAAAAAGAAUUUAA